AUGGCACCGAAACACGGCCCUGGCGUCAUGUUGGCGGCACUCUUCUCGCUGGCCGCCUUGUUGGCUCCCGCUGCUGCACUUGGAUCUGCAGGCGCGCUUUCCGCCUCUUCGAUCUGCAACUCUUCCAGCUGUGUCCUCUCCUGGGUCGAAGUGACUGAUGCCACCGUUUAUCAGAUUAUCAACGAGAGCAACGCCACCGUUUGCGAAACAGCAGAUAACCUGUGCGAUGUUGCCAACGCACUCAUCACGUUGGCUGCCUGCGCCCCCUACCAAUUUCGGCUCAAGGCCACCGGCGCGACUCCAGAAGAAGUAUCCAUUGGGCCAGUUUUUGAGCCAGCUGUGGUGGCCACCUCGGCCCCACCCGCCGCCACCAUCACCGAGCUGAUCAGCAACUCGGUAGUAACAGUCACCUUUUCAGCUGACACAACGCACCACUUUGUGGACAUGUUCAACGUGACCUUUACAAAAUCAGGCGACGUCACCGAUGUCACAGUGGUCACGGUUGAGCCUCAGUUUCCUGCUGAUCAAGGCCAAAUCUCCAAGACCAUCACCAUCGACACCCUUGCCUCCUCCCAGACAUACUCGGUGCGUGUGCUAUCCAUCAGCUGUCACGCACAAAUUGGCACCAGCAGCGCAUCAUCCAUUACCACUAGCCGCAACGUCAUCGUGCCUGAUGUGGACAACACGGAUCGACGCACUCGCUACCUCGUCUUUAAUCUUUUGCUGAUCGGAGUGGCCGCGGAUGAUUUUGAUGCCAACGAACUCUUCGUUGCCAUUGGCAGCGCUCUGCGUCAGCAUUAUGACAUGAACGCGGCUGACGUUUCCACGUACGGCACCAGCCUCUCCUAUCACCGCCUUGGGCCCAUGCAAAUCAGCCGUUUGCCUGUCAUUGAUACCACCCCCAAUCUCUUGUUUAUAAUGCUGCGGAACUCUUUGUUGUCGAUUCUGCAGGAAGCCUUUGAAGCCAUUGCGACGCCCACUACUUGCGAUAACAUCUUGCGCGAAGAGCUCAAGGUGAUUCGCUUCAGCGUUUACAAUAGUGACACCUGCAUCACCCUCCAAGGCAACGUGACGGCCUCCAGCACAGAUGCCACCUAUACAGAACCUGAGCCUACGACCACCUCGAAGAGCGACUGGCGCCCCAUCGCCAUCAUUGUGGGCGCUUCUGUUGGAGGUGCCAUUCUUUUGGGCUUGGCCAUUUAUCUGUUUGUGGUCCUGCGUCGCUCAUGCUAUGAGAACAAAGUCCGCUCCGAAUCGCGCGUGGACCUUGGUGUGGAACUUCGCCAAGCCUCCUUGUAUUAG